AUGCCAUCCGAACAUGUGCGUGCCUCAUCAAACUCUUCAGUAACAUCGCCCAUUCCAAAAAUUAACAUCGUUGAUUCUCAACAGAAACCUAACAGUAAAGACGAAGGUAACAGCCACGGUCAGUUGGCAAAUAGUAGAGGUGCCCUUCUAGAUAUCGUCAGCAAACGUACGGGUCAAUCAAAAGACAAAAGUUCUAGGGAUAAAAGUCCCUCUAGAGAUAGAAGCCUUUCUCGUAGUACUGGAAGAAGUAAAAGUUCCGAUAAACGAGGAAAAAGCCCCUCGGGUCGCAAAAGUCCUUCUGGUGACAAACUUCUUGGUUCACCUAAAAGUUCAAGUUCGAGAUCUAGAAGUCCAGCACCUCGUUCAAAAAGUCCAAAUAGUAAAGAUUCAUCGUCACGUUCAAAGAGUCCCAAUCCAAAUAGUCCUAGUCGAGCUGGUAGUGAUUCAAUGACUAAAUCUUCUUCUCAAGAUGCUCGUUUAAAUUCGGGUGGUAAAUUGCAACCUUGGAUUGCUUCGUCUUCUGAUAAAGGUGAUAAAGGCGGUAACUCAAGAAAUUCAAAUUCUAACAGAUUAAGCCUUCCUCAUAACUUUGCUGAAUUUAACAUAAACAAUAUACGUGAUAUACGUGAAAGUAAUGAACGAUGGGCGAAAUUAAAUCUUGUUCCAAGUGAUAAGGACAACAAAUCUAGUAGCAUUAUGGGAAAUUUCUCUAAACCUACUAGUCUUCGAAUGAAUAUGAAUUCUAAUAAUCGUCCAAAACUUUCAGUUGAGACCCUUAGUAAUUUAUUCGGUAGUAGGUCUAUGCAAAGAACUCCUUCAGGUGGUCAUACUGGAAAUUCAAAUAGUUCUCCUUUGUUGGCUGCUGCUGGAGGAUUUCCUUUGAUUAGAUCUAGGAGUUUUAACUCUGCCAUAGAUGAUUCACAAAGGAUACCAGCUUCGUUUCGGAAGGAAUUGGAAAAACCACAUCCUCUUCAACACAAUUGGACUAUGUAUUAUGAUAGUAAACCUGUCAUGACACCUGGACCAAAAACACCAACGGGAAAACUUUCGUAUGAAGAGAAUUUACAGACUAUUGGUACCUUUGACACGGUUGAAACCUUUUGUCGUUAUUUCAACUGGGUUAAGAAGCCGGGUCAAUUAGAUUUAAAUACGAAUUUUCAUAUAUUUAAAGACAAAAUUAAGCCAAUGUGGGAGGAUCCGGCAAAUGCUAAUGGAGGAAAGUGGGUAAUUUCAAUGAGAAGCACUCAAUUAUUGGAUCGUUGUUGGACUUGGCUUGUGUAUUCAUUGGUCGGAGAAGAAUUAGAUGAAAAUGAUGAUAUAUGUGGUGCCGUCAUGUCUCGUCGAGCUCGUGGUGACAGAAUUGCAGUUUGGGUAAGGGACAAAGAUAACGUUCCUGUAAUUAAUGGAAUUGGGCGACGUUUAUUAAAGAUUCUUGAUUUGCAAAAUGAGAAAGGAAUUGGAAUGGAUUUUCAGUUUAAUGAAGAUGCAUUAAAAUCUGGAACAUCAUACAAUAAUCGUGUAUAUCUGUCGUUGGAAAGCUUGAAACAAGAAUUGGAAAGUGAGGAAAAAGCAAAGAAAGAACUUGCUAAUGCUGAAGAAAGUCAAACUGAAGUACAUGCAAACGGCAAAGAUUCAGAAAUCUAUGAAAGCAAACCAGAGAUCGUUGCAGUUGAUGUGGAUGCGAAAUUAGAUGCUGCAACUAGACAAGGAGUCGAAAAUGAUUCAAAUGAUAACAAUAUAAAAGAAGAAAAUCUGCAAGCCGAGUAA